GUUAAUUCGUAUAAAAAGUUAUGAGUGUUAAUAUUUAAAUAAACUUUAAAUUAAUUGCACUUUAAAAGUUAAUUUUAAAAGUGUUUUGGCAAAAUGAAGACGGAUUUUGGAAAUGGUGCCAGUGUUGCAGUAAAAGGGGCUGAUGUCCGUCGUAGAAGAACAGGAAACUUCUCCAUAACUCCAACGGAAGGCAGUGAACUGGUCUUCGAGAAUACUAAAUUUUUAAAUACAAAAGUCAUGGGAAAACGUAAAAUCUCGAACGAAGUCCUACCUCAAGGCUCUGCCGGCGUUUUCCGACAGAAGUCAUUCGCAACAUGUGACCGGCAGCUGACAUCGGUAAAAUCUCGAACGAAGUCCUACCUCAAGGCUCUGCCGGCGUUUUCCGACAGAAGUCAUUCGCAACAUGUGACCGGCAGCUGA